UGUAUUCACUCAUUCUAAUUCAGUUUAAGAUCCUCAAUAGCAUUGUAUUUGAUAGUGUGUUCAAUUUUAUUGCAGAGCAUACGGUGAAAACAAUAUAUUUGAAGAGUAUUGUAUCCCUGAACCUUGUGUUUGUAAUGUCAGUUUAUCCAAACUAAAUUGAACUUCCUGUGAGCAUAUGAGCAUAAAGGGUGGGAAGGAAACUGACAAAGAGACACAGAAAAAGUGGCAGCAGGCCAGAAUACAGAAGAGAACAGCGUCAAAGAGAGUGAAAGAGACAGAGUGGUGGAGAAAAUGUUGGCCUCUUUAUGGUGAAGAUGUUCAGUAUCUUUGCUGCCCAAUGAUAUAAAUGUUUUUCUUUUUUUUACCAUUAAUAGGUCUUUAAGAAGCUCUACAGCAUUUCUGUUUCACCAGGGAAAUACUUUUCUACACUGUAAAUCAACAUCUCUCCCCUCUACAUGUGCAGGAUCAGAGGAGAGUAUGCAGUCAAGCUUAGAUACGUUUUCAGAGGCUUGCUGCAACUUUGGACUCACUAUCAAUUCCAAGAAGACAUGUUCCAGCCAACACCUGAUCCAGCCCCAAAACCAUGGAGAUGACCCAGAUGGAUAGGUCAUUGAAUGUAAACCUCACAUCAACAUCAUUCCCUCCCCUAACAACAAACACUUCACCAUACCGUGAGCCAUAUUUACAUAGAUUAUCCCACUUGGAUGAAGGCCUCUAUAAUGACUUUUACAGUCUGUGGAUUGCUCUGGUGAUCAUCAACACCCUUAUCUUUAUGGUAGGGAUGACCCUCAACAGUCUGGCCUUGUAUGUCUUCUGCUUCAGGACUAAACCAAAGACUACAUCAGUCAUUUACACCAUUAACCUGGUAGUGACAGAUCUGCUGGUCAACCUCUCCCUUCCCACCCGUAUCUUGUUGUACUACAGUGGGGGAAAGUGCCUCAACUGUUCCUAUUUGCACAUAUUCAGCUACUUUGUCAACAUGUACUGUAGUAUCCUCUUUCUUACUAGCAUCUGUGUGGAUCGCUAUCUGGCCAUAGUGCAAGUGGAGGCCUCACGGAAGUGGCGAAACCCGAAUGUGGCCAAAGUGUUGUGUGUCUGCAUUUGGCUGUUUGCCAUCAUUGUGACAUUCUCAUUUCUCUCAACGGCUUUCAAGCACUCUGCCUGCUGCCUCUCCAAACUCUUUGUGUUGGCCGUAUUUGAGUUCUUCCUACCAAUGGUGAUCAUUGUAGUGUUUACUAUCAGAAUCAUGUGCGCCCUAUCCAGCCCAGGCCUUCUGCAGCAAAGCCGUAGGAGACGUAUGAAAGCUGUACAGCUGCUCUCAACAGUGCUGGUGAUCUUCACUGUCUGCUUCACACCGUUUCACAUCCGUCAGGUUUUGGUCUACUUCAAUCCUGAUCUGCCCCAUAAUGUGAUCAUGUACCAUGUGACCGUCACUCUCAGCAGCCUGAACAGCUGCUUGGAUCCUGUGGUCUACUGUUUCGUCACCACUAACUUUCAGUCUACCAUGAAGAGAUUUUUCAGGAAGACAGAAAGAGAGCAGACAAGUGGCGACAUUAUCAGUGUGCAGAAAAGUUUUAAGGGUUCAGGCACAGUGAUUGUUAUUGCUCACAGUACGAGAAGGGUUAACAUGAGCCCUGCCGAGCAGGGAAGCAAACCAGCAUAAGGUUGAGGCCCAUAAUGCCCUGUACAGUAUUUAAAGGAUUGCCAUAACCAUGUUGCACUAAAGGCAGAACAAUUGGCACAGAUGGACGUUUUGACUGAUCUGUUCAUUUGCAUUUUUGAGUUUAUUUAGUAUUCUUUAUGAACUCAAAAAAUAUGGAGGCAAAUCAAUGUCAAUAAUCCACGCUCGUUAUUGAUGCUCGCACACGCGAUAGAUUUAAUCGCUUGCUCGUUUUAAACCCUCACUUACAUGAAAUCUCCUGCUCAUGCAAUACAAACUCUCACUGCACAAGCAAAAUCGUUCUUAAAACAUUGCUUGUGAGAACACCUUUUAAUUUUGUGGGAUGGGCUCUUGAUGUUUUUGUCUGUAACUUCAAAUAUCAUUGGUUAUACCCUUUUCCAGGAAGUUAGUUGUGUCAUUAUUACUUUAUUUGUGCCUAAUUCUACAUAUAAUAACAGGGCUGAUGUAAUGUUAUAUAAUGUAUGUAAGGACUGUGAAUCUUUGCCAGACACUUUUAAAACAAGUUGACCAGCUAAUUUUUGCAUUCCUGUGAUUUAACUAUAGAACUUUAAGAACUAUAAAGAAUAAAAUACAAUUUGACUUCUGUCAUUGCAGUUGUAAGAUGCUUUAUUAUUAAUUGUAAGGUUGCAGGAAAUUAAAUCAU